AUACUGCUGGAUUAUGUCCCUUCAUGUGUCUCAACGUGAUGUGCAAGUGUGCUUCAAAGCUGCUGUUUUAAAUCUGUACCGGAUUUAGCAUUCUGAUGCAGAAUGUCCCCUUGAUAUAAGCUGUGCUUAAUGAAGUGUUUCAAUCUGCUAUAAUUAGCUUCUGUCUUGGGUUUCUGACUUCAUUUCACACAUUUGUCAGAUUAUAAUUAGUCACACUUGACACUAAUUGGAUGUUCCUCCUGUGGACCAGUGUGACCUUUUCUGUAUGAAGACGAUUCACUUUUGGGAAAUGAGUUGCUGAAGAGGCUUUGGCUGGCGCCUUGUCGAAGGACCACAUAUGUAAGCCUGGUGUGUGAGCGAGUGGGAGUGUGUCAGUGUGAGAGAGGCGUCUCUAGAAAUGCUUCACAAUGUGCAGCAUCUGAAGGGGCCUAGGCGAAUACGUUCUCUUGAUUUUGCGAAUGGUAGAGAAGCACUGCCCUGUACGCUGGCUACCUUCUGAGUGUUGUUGAGUAGACUUUGAGUGAGUCAUUGCUGCUGUGUGUUGCUGCUGCUGUGCUGUGGAGGUGUACGGUCUCGUUUUCUUCCUGCCCUCUCCCUAGCUGUGUCAUUCUGAUUGGCGUAAUGAGGGGGUUGUUGUCAGGAUGCAGACACGAUGUGGGCCCUCCUCUUCCUCCUCCUCCUACUCCUCUGUUAUGUGGUAGCUCUGGCUUCCUGUGAAGACGCUGAGCACCUGCGUGUGUAAAAGGAACCUCUGAUCAAAGCGCAACAAGCUCAGGCGACGUGUGCCUCUGUGCCCGUUGCUCCCUGUGUUUAGUGCGUUUAUGUUCAAGUUUAAGCCCUGUUACACUGGAGGUAGAAAGGGACACACGGCGGUUUAAUGUCGCCCUGGUGCUCCCAUAGUGGGAGGCGCUCAGCAGUCAAAUCUCUCAGAACAGUUUUUGUACACUCGCACAGCGGUCACAUGACCCAGUGAGACGUUGACAUGAGCACACAGAUAGCGGAGGUCCAACUGGCAACAAGAUUUUGUCUUUUGUCCCUCCACCCCCUACCCCACCACCACCACCACCACCAAACAGGGGGCUAGGGCACACUCCUUCGAUGGCUGAAUUCCUGCGAGGAUACACGUCAAACCACAACGCUGGGAGCUUACCAGUCUGACAGAGCUUCCAGUAGGUCAACAUAGAUCGACUCUUGAACAGUCGAUCUAGUCUCUCCUGGCUCUCCUAUAAGGUUUGCAUAUGAAAUGGUACGCGAGGGAUCGGUCGAGCAUGAGGCGGCGUGUUCCUCUUUGAGGGUUACAGACAGACAGCGAGAGGGUUGGAGAAGUCGACGACGGGAAGACGGAGCUCCAGAGAGAGGGUUGGGAGACCAGUUCUACAAGGACGCCAUCGAGCAGUGCCGCAGCUACAACGCCCGCCUGUGUGCCGAGCGCAGCGUGCGCCUGCCCUUCCUGGACUCCCAGACGGGAGUGGCGCAGAACAACUGCUACAUAUGGAUGGAGCGGCAUCAACGCAGCCCCGGUGUGGCGGCCGGCCAGAUGUACACCUACCCCGCCCGCUGCUGGAGGAAGAAGAGACGGCUCCACACGGCCACAGACCCCCGCCUCGGCCUCUACGGCCUCCAGCUCGAUGGCAGUCUCAUGUCUAAGGACUCGCUGCCCACGCAGAGCACCACCCUGGAGGCCCUGCUGCGCGGAGAGGGUCUGGACAAGAGGAACAACUCCAAAAACGAUGAGGAGAGCUUGCUGGAGAUUCAGAGGGUUCUGGAGGCUGACGCGGCGGAGGACGUCUUCAACGACGACGACGACUACGAGGUCGACACGCCCAAGAGGAGACACAGAGGCAAAGGAAGGGGACGGGGCUCGGGCCGACGGAGGACGGACGUGGACGACCAGGACAAGCCGUACGUCUGUGACAUCUGCGGGAAGCGCUACAGGAACCGCACGGGGCUCAGCUACCACUACACCCACUCCCACCUGGCCCACGGGCAGCAGCGGCCCGGGGACAGCACCGCCGCCGCCGCCACCGCCCGAUCCCCCUCCACAGCGCGUUCAGACAGGCACAAACGUCUGAAGGGUCCAGUCCCAACUGGCAUUCCCAAUAACUACUGCAAUAAGUGCAAGGGCUCCGUCAGGAAAACGGGUAAAUCCGGGUCGGCCUGCUCCGCCUGCCACCGCAAAACUGACCGCGGGGAGGCGCCGGGAGCGGGCGGGGCAGCGGCCGGGGCGGAGGAGCUGUUUGGCACCACCUCGGAGAGCGACGCUUCCACCUUCCACGGGUUCGAGGACGACGACCUGGAGGAGACCGCCGCCGCCACCGCCGCCGUCGCUAACGGCAACGCAAUAUCCACCCGCUACAGAUAGAGACGCGCUUUUCCCCACACAAACAGAGACCUUUUUUUUAAAGAAAGUAUAUGUAUCUAUCUAUAUGUAUCUCCACGGAUAUAUAUGUAGAUAUAUAUAUGGAUGUCCUCUGGCAAAUUCUGCUGCUUCUUUUUCAAUGUUUUUUUUAUGUUUUGUUUUGUUUGCAGAAAGCACAAAGUGGUGAUUUCAGGACGUUAUUUUAUCUACUGAACAAUGUUGAAUAAUUUAUGAACUCUUCCUUUUUUUUCUAAUAUAUAUUAACUCUGAAAGGCGAUGAUCUGCUCUCGGGCCGUUUGUCGGGCGAAGUUGCGAAUUCUAAAUCUAGAUCUUUGGAGAUCUUUUUUUUUUUUUCUCCACUGGAGCAGAAGGAGCAAAGUACGACGAGAUGAACAAAAAGACAAGAAAACAAAUCUAUAAAAAAAAAAAAACACUGGAACAUUAAAAUAGAAAUCUGCUUCUCCAUUCUGGAUCGAGAAUCCAGAUAUACAAAGGACUUUGAUGUUAUCCGAAACCUGACAUGGACAGACAUCAUGACGGAUGAACAGCAGUCCCAAGGAACCCUUUCUCUCCAGCUCUGAGAUUGUACUGUAAAAAAACAACAAAAGAAAAAAAAGAUAAAAUGAAGGAACAAACUAAAUGGUUGGCCACAGACCACUGGAACAUAGACGCAGAAUAACAAAAACCACAGCCCUUGGAUGAUGAAGACACACACACACACACACACACAGACACAGACACAGACACACUACACACCAAACACUCUUUCUUUCUUUCUCUCUUCUUCUCUAUCUAUCUAUCUCUCCCUCUAUUUCUAUCCUGGACUUGCGGCUCCUGAGGGACGGGGCCACUCUUGAACCUCGUUGGUCCAGGUGAACGUGUCCCUAAUGGAGCCGUGGGUCACGUCAUCGCGUGGACGCAGGGCAGCUUUGGCUUCGCAAAACCAAAAGGACGGCCGCUUCUGCUCUUCUCCUCCAGGCAUGUAGAUGCAGCUGACAAAACACUUAAACCUUACUUUGAUUUUGAAAACGCUCAUUCUUUCUCUUCCUUACCGGGAAGUUUGCGAAAACAACGCUUUUAUUUUGCUGCUGCUGCUGUUGUUGUUGUGGGCCAAGGGAUUCCUGGAGGUUUAUGUUACUCCCGGGAACCAAACUAGCUGAGAGUCAGGACAGUGUGUGUCGUGUUGAGGAGCAACCAGGUGCUGUGGCGUGUGCCCCCCCCCCCCCCCCCCUUCCCCCCUCAGCCAUGCCCUAAGGUCAAAGGUUGCAGGUCAGGAGGCGGAGAUGGGACAGCCAUGUGAACUGAUACGAACCCCUCCAGAACCCGAGUCCACCACGUGGACCCGUCUGGGACCACGAACCACACGCCACCGGACAGCGGGAGGUUCUGAAGUGUUUCUCUCCAGCCCAUGGUUCACGUGGGCCGCAUCAGAGCUCUGACGGCGUCCUCCGGUCUCUCCAAGAAGCUGUGCAUGCGACUCGGGCGGGCUCUCUGUCUUACAGGUCGGACCCCAGCCCCCCACCCCCCCCCCCCCUGCACUCUCAUCCGGUCUGACGCCGGGACGUCCCUACGAGCCUCCCAGCCCGCCAUCUCGCACUGGAAGCCGGCUCUGAAAGCCAUGACAACACCCCGCACCUGCCCCCCCCGCCUCCCAGCUGCAAUGCUUAUUGGACAGGUGAUGGUUAACCCCGACCCCCCCCCCCCGACCCCCGCCUUGGAGAUGGUGCUCCACCUGACCACAGAUACAAGCAGACCUCUGGACUACUGUGUUCAUGCUCUAAUAUGGGUUACCGAGUGUUUACCUCUUAACUCUCUUUUGCUUUUUUCCUUUGGUUGUUUUGUUUCUCUGGCGUUCUGAUGUGGAGGGGUUCCUCUGCUGUAUGUUACAGUGGACUGGUGACAGACUGGCUCUCGUUUUUUAAGUGAUUCUCACUCUUUUUAGGUUCGACCAGACUGUAUUUCUAUGCCUCACGUCUUGGUCGGGGAAGCAUAACAGCCGACGCCGACUCGGGCGUCUUGUGUUUGCGCUGGCGUCGUUUGGUUUCAGCCCCUCGGCCCUAAAUCAGCCCAUUAGUGUUUAAUUUGGCAACGGAAGUCAAAGCCACCUCGCGUGAGGAUCCCAUUAUAAUCAAUUCCCAUAAGAGAAUUGGAUUAGCUGCAAUUUUAUCGCCACAGCAACCGCGCUUAUGAAAACAAAAACAAACCAAAAAAGACCCACAAAAAUUUGCAAUAAUGUUUGCAUUAUGUGUCUACUGAUUGCAUAUUGAUUUAUUUAUUACAAUUUUUUAAUCCGAUGUGAAAUACAAUCUCUUUGUGUGAUUCUGAUCAUGUUUCCCGUCGCACAUUAAAUAUUUAGUAGUCGUAGUACUAAAAACAUCGGAGUGUUCAGAGGCUUGCGUUUGUACGCACACGAAAAGGAAGCGUAAAAUAAAAAACAAAAACAACAUUUUGAAAUGUAAUCCAAGUUAUUUAAUAUAUUUUUGAGUGCUUUAGAAGGCCCAGUGCUGAAGUGGAGAAGGAAUUUGAAGUAGUGUGUCUCAAAGAGCACCUAAGCCUCUUUCAUGGGUCGCCCAUCCUAUGAGUUUAUCAUUAAUGUGAUCACACCGCACAGACGUGAAAUGUGUUGAGACGACUCUGAAGAGAACGUGUCCCUUUGUGGAGGACAAGAGAUUCCGGGGGCAUCAUGACAUGGCUACACUGAUUCUCAUUGUCGUUUUGCUCCUUUUAUUUGUAAUUCUUUAUGUUUUGAUUGUUUAGCACCCCACACACCACUGUCGUUACCCCCCCCUUUAACAACGAUUCACCUGGGCUAGUCAACAAGAAAGCAUCAGCAUCAGCAAUGCUUCCCUUUAAUCACGUCUACCAUCACAGUCUACUGGUACCGGUGUGAAGACAACUGUCUGGAUGGUGGGGGGAGCUAGGAAAAUAUUGAAACAAAAAUAGCCCCGCCCUGAAUGCAAAACUUGUGAUGUCAGCUCGGAAACUAGUGUCACCAAUCCUGUAUCUUAUAGCCUGUAUACCUCGUCAAAGACACUCAGCAAUAGCCCCUGGAUCCCCCUGCCCCCCCCCCCAGUUACUCCCGCCCCCAGUGGGGUAAAGGAAGUGGAGCCAAGAGGAGAUGAAAUGGACGUGCCCCCGGUGAUUGUUUCAUCUUCUGCUGUAAAUACCAAGUUCCAAACGGAGAGAUUGAAGUCUUUGUUUGUUAAACUAUUUUUAUUGUUCUGAAAUAAAGAAAAAUGAAUAAAG